AUGGCAGUCUCUACAGGAGUUAAAGUUCCACAUAAUUUUCACUUGUUAGCAAAACUUGAAGAAGGCCAAAAAGGAAUAGGUAAUGGUACACUUCGCUGGGGACUUGAAGAUGAAGAUAUGACACUUAAGAGGAGGACAGGUAUGAUUAUUGGGCCACCAAAGACAAACCAUGAAAAUAGAAUAUAUUGUGUGAAAGUAGAGUGUGGACCUAAAAACCCAGAAGCACCUCCAACAGUUAGAUUUCUAACAAAAAUUAAUAUGAAUGGGAUAAAUAAUUCUAGUGGAAUAGUGGAUGCACAGAGCAUACCAGUGUUAGCAAAAUGGAAAAAUUCUUAUAGCAUGGAAUUUGAACUUCAAGAGCUAAGGUGUCUAAUGAUGGCCAAAGAAAACAUGAAGCUUCCACAACCUCCAGAAGAACAAACAUACAGCAAUUAA